AUGCAGCUUGGCAUGAUUGUUCAAAAGUCCAAGGAAGCAAAGAAUCAACCUUUCAGCAAAAACGUAUACUUGUUUGCUGCCUUGGAAGCAAUCUUUUCCAUUUGGUACCUUUGGAACGGAAGAUUUGGUGCCGUCAUACCGCCCGUUCAAGAUGAAACAUUGCUCUGGACUAUUGACGACCUGGCCUUUAACCUCGCAUUGGUCGGGGUCGCCUUGACGUUGGGAAUGGACUUUUUGUGGGCGUUGGCAACCACCACAGAGUCCAACCCCAUCUUUCGACAAGACCUUAGCGAGGCGGACUUUGUGAACAGGUGGUACAUUGUAGAAGCAUUGACGAUCGCUGGGAUUUGUGCCACCCGCUAUUUGCCCACUCCCUACUCUCCUCACGUCGUCAUUGAAACGGCCAUGUGCUUCUUCUUGGCCGGCUUUGUGAGCUUCAUUUGGUACUGUCUCUACAAAGUCAAAGGCACUUCUAGCUCUGAGCGAUUUCAAGAUGCCCUUUUCAAGGCAACCGUGGUGAACGGCUUGCUGUCCUUCAUCAUCUUUGCCCACAUCAUGGACACUGUAGCUUUGAGCUACUAG